ACUCUGGAGAAGGACCACAGAACACUAAAUAUAGAACUGGAAGGUGGACCUAUGCAGCCACCUAGUUCAACACUUUCGUUUUACAAUUGAGAUUGAGUUGAGACAGAUUGAGUCCGAAUGAGACGAAGCUAUUUUCCCAGAGUCGCACAGGAAGAUCAAAAAGGACAGCACAAGAACGGUUGGGGAGCAGCUGCAAAGAGGAAUGGGCUGCCUGGGAGGUAGUGAGCUCCCCAUCACUGGAGGUCUUCAGGCCUGAAGUUUCUUCCUGCCUCCACCCCUAAUUCAUCAUCUUAGGAGCAUUGGCUCCUCCAACACAGAUGAAAGAUGGAACAGUUUCAGACUUGGUGACCCUGGAAUGCCUUGGGAGCCUCUCAAGAAUGACCUUCAAUGGAACCUACUUCAAGGAUAAGUAUUUGGACUUCUAUGCUGUUGAUCAGUUUGGCACAACAAGGAAGAUAGAUGAUGCUUUGGCCACUCAGUGUGGUUAUACCAUCGCUUCUGACCCCUGGGGCAACGUGGAGUUCCGAGCGUCUCUCCUGAGCUGUUAUUCUGUCAUCCAGAAUGACGUCAACUUUACAGUAACCGUGCAGGUCCAUGUCGCCUCUGAUCCCCAGCGCACAGAGGUUGCUAUUUAUCAGAGAAGUGUGAGCUGCUCUUACUCAUCCUGGUGUUCCAGAGAAAUUGUAUGUGAAACCAACUACAUGGAGGUCUCUGUUAAGAGAGAAGUCCCACUCAUCCCAGCCGACAUGCUCCAGGAUGAACCUGAAGAUUGGGCAGCAGCAUUCCCAGAGGCAACAUCUGGGGUGGCUUCCAUAUGGCAGAUUGUCUUUCACAUCUUGACUGGAAGAAGGGUUAUGCUGGUGAGCGAUGCCCAUGCUGCUGGCUAUGGAAUCAACACAACAGACACAAGGAUCCUCCUGCGAGCGGGAUUCAGUGCCCCCGAGGCUCAGCAAGUAAAGAUUGAAGGAGUUACUUUCUCAACCAUAAGAUCCAGCACAUUCUACAAGCAGAGCUGGGUGAUCCUCAUGGUGGACACUGCCAUUGCUUGUCCUACAGAUGAUAUCGUAUAUACAGAAGACAUGAUCACCUGGACCAUGCCAAAGAACAUUGGCCCUCUCCUCAUGGGGGCCAGCAACAUCAAGGACCUGUCUGUGGAGAUGGGUGUGGGGCUGUACAAAUUGACUGCUGCAGAUCUAAUCUCUAGAAGAUACAGUCUGAGGAGUGAUAGGAAUGCCAUCACCAUCAUGGUGCCAAUUGGUGCGGAAGGCGGGUAUUACAAGACACAUGUGCAAUCAGGGCGCUAUGGCACCUCCUAUCACAUUGCCCUGUUUCUGGAGCACCAAUGGGAAGACGACAAAUGGGGUGUGACCAAGCAUACCAUUGUAAAGGCUGUAACAACCCCACUGCAGCUCCAGGAACCCAUCCUGACCAACAAUACCAACCCCAGCCUCCACAUCUUCAACAUAUCUGUGGGCAUGUUCCUUCCUGAUGUGGAGCUCAUCAGCUUGACUAUGGAUGACCAGACCUUCCUUGUCCCAGUGGCUAAUAAGAGUGACCUCCAAAUCUAUGAGGCUGUGCAUCCAAAUGGAAGCAGAGACUUUAUCAUUGAAGUUGGUUUCCACAUGCCAGGUGUAGACAUUGAGGUGAAGACUUUCAUAUCUACACCCUGAAUGCCAGCCUCCUCUUCAGAGUGGGAGACGAUGUCUUUACUACUCCAGUGACAAUUGUCUCCAUUGUCCAUGAUGUAGUGUUGCCCAAAGUGGAAGGGCACUGUGAUGCUGAAAAUCUCUACCUCGGACUCACCCGCGGCAAUGUAGACCAGAGCUGGGUCCCCUUUCUCUCAGACAUGCGACUGACCCCAGAAGCUGCCCAGAAAUACAACUAUGGCUUUCAUGACAAUGGCACACACCUCAUCAUUCACGUCCCCUACUUUUCAGCUCAUGUGAUCUAUGAGGAUAUUGGUCCCUCAGGGAUUAGAGCCUGCCUCAAGCUGAAGAUGAAGAAUAAUCACACCCUUACCAACAUGAGGGAAUAUUCUAUUACUUGUCCCUUCUCCCCCAAAGACCUAAUAGCUUGCCAAGCCAAUGGCUCCAUGGUGGUCACGGCCCUGAUCGUUGUGAGUGUGCCAGGCCUGGACCCCUCCAGAUUCGUGCUUCGGGACAAGCACUGCGGGCCAGUGGCGGUCAACAAAACAAGUGCCACAUUUGUCUUUGGGGUCAACACCUGCGGGACGAGCAGAAAGUUUGAAGAGGACACACUGACCUAUGAGAAUGAUGUCCUGUUCUUCAGCUCAGGCUUGGAUGACCCCAUCUACCGACUCCAAUGUGCUUGUCGCUACCCCAUCAAUGAGACGGUGGUGUUUCAGUAUUGGCCAGAGAAGAGCCUGGCGCCUGGCUCUAAGCCAGGACAUGGCCAUCUUGCCAUGAUCAUGAAGCUGUCCAAAGAUGGAGCCUAUUCAGAGUUCUACAAGGAGGUUGAGUACCCGGUCCACAAGUACCUGCGGGACUCCCUGCUCUUCGAGGUGGAGCUUCUGUAUUGGGAAGACCCGCAGAUAGAGCUAUUCCUCGAAGAUUGUUGGGCUACCCCAUCCCAGGAUGGAGACAGCCAGCCCCGCUGGGACAUCAUUAUCGACAGCUGUCCCAAUGAUGAGGAUUUCCAUGAGACCAUCUUCCAUCCUGUGGAUGUGGGGCCCUUUGCCCAUCACUUGAAGAGAUACGAAGUAAGAAUGUUUGCCUUCAUGAAGGAUCAGAGAGCGCUGCUGGAAGAUGUGAGUCUGCUCGGGUUCAAGGGCUGUGAAUCCUAGAAUAAACACAAAUCCAUACUUU